AUGUUCGUGUCGCCCGCGCAGGAAGGAUCUCGUCGAGCGAGAUGCAGGUCGACGUCGCGAGCCGACUCCGCCGAAGCGAGAGCUCGAGAGCUGGCUCCGACCACCGUGCCUCGCUCCUCGCCAGCUACCGCCGACCAUGCACAAGGCCAAGAACCCGACCCACAUCGCCAAGGCGCUGCCGCGCAUGGUGCGUCCACCCUCCCCUCGUCCCGCCGUCCUCGCCAUCUCUCCUCGUCUCUGCCUGCCGCCGUCUCGCCUGCUGCCCACCUCGAGGGGCAGCACAGAGCGGCUCACAGAGCUCUGAGAACAUGUACUGACCUUUCUGCACCCUCGCCCGUGCAGAGCUGGUCGCCGGCCAACCUGUACAACCUCUACCAGCGAUCCUACGGCCCACCGACGACCGACACCCAGUUCACCAAGAGCGCCCUCACCAUGUUCCAGCAGAAGUGGAAGGCCAAGCAGCUCGUGCGCGGCUACCACGGCGACUGGCUCCCGGAGAACAAGUUCAAGAAGAACUACCUGCCAGAUGGCCUGCCGCCGAUCGUGGGCAACAAGGCGGCCGGCGAGGAGCGCGUCCCGCUCGCGAGCUUGAUGUUCGCCGAGGUCGAGAAGCGCCUCGACACGGUCGUGUUCCGGUGCUGCUUCGCCGACUCGGUGUACAAGGCGCGCGCCAUGGUCAUCCACGGCAAGGUGACGCUCAACGGCCAGGUCACUCGCGACCCGAACGUCAAGCUGCAACCUGGCGACCUCUUCUCCGUCGACCCGUCCGCCGUCGUCACCCUUCAGCGUCCUCGUGGCGCUGCGGCCCCCUCCUCCUCUUCCGCCGCCGAGCCCGCCGCCGCCGCACCAGCCGAGGCCGACGCGGCCGCGCCUUCUUCCUCGUCCUCCGACUCUCCCGCACCCUCCUCUUCUCCUGCACCGGCACCGCUCGCCGGCAACGCGCCCUCGACGGGCCCGCAGCCGCUCGCGUUCCACCUGCCCGACUACGCGUCGCCGUUCCUGUUCGUGCCGGCGUACCUCGAGCCGAGCUUUGCGACGUGCUCGGCCGUGUACCUGCGGCAUCCGACGGCGCGACCGGGCGUGAGCGAGGUGCCGAGCCCGUACGAGGCCGACGGCGAGGUCAUGCGGUUGGCGUGGGAGUACUACACGGCGAUGGGGCGGAAAGGCGACAAGCGGCCGGCGGGCAUGCGGGGCAAGCGGCUCGGCGCAUGAGCCCGUGCGGAGGAGGAGGUCGAGCUCGAUGAGGGCGAGAGGUCGAGGGGGCGGCGCAGGACUGCAACGAG